AUGGCUCAGGCGCCGCGUGUGAGGGGGCUACAGGACGACUCGGUGGUGGAGGGCUACAACCUGACGCUGGAGUGCUCCGCCGAGGGCCUACCGCCGCCCGAGCUGCUGUGGUUCAAGGACGGCAAACCUCUAGCGUCGGGGCGGAAAGUGCGAAUUCGAACGUGGGCUAAGAGACUCAGGAAGAGGAGAAAGAGCCUCGGACGACGCACAAGGAGCCCCGCCCUAUCAAGAGGACGCGUGGAGUCAAACGCCCCCCGCCGCCGUCCCCUGCUGAGGACCCUGCGGCGGCGGCACCCACACAACCGACCAGCGAAACCCAGCGAAGGAGGGAAGCGGAGGACGGGAAGGGGGUCGCGGAGGGAGAGGCUCGGGAGGAAGGAGAACGCCGACCGAAAGAGGCGACUUCAGGGCAAACGAAACGAGAGACGACGAAGAAUAGGCCGCGACGGAAGGCGACGACCACUACCGACUACCAAUGACGACGCGCCGACGAGGAGACGACCGAGCGACGCCGAGAGAUGGAACGUCAACGGGGGUGGAGGCGGCGGCGGCGGGCAGGCAGCGGACACCAGUAGCAGCACCAACAGCAACAGAAGGGGCAGCGGGGGAAAGCGAACGCGGCCGCCCCCUGCGAACCCCUCUCGUCGCGUGGUUCAGGUGUCGGAGGUGACGGUUCGCGCGGCCUCAGCGAGAGACGCCGGCCAGUACAAGUGUGUGGCGCGCUCCGUGGUGGACCAGGCCGAGAUUGAAGCCUCCAUUCGGGUUGUGCUGCCCAUCGACCCCCACACGCUGGUCGACAAGUGUCCCUAUGAUGGUUACUGCCUCAACGGUGGAACGUGCAUGAUGUUCACAGUAGUGGGCGAGCUUGUGUGCCAAUGUGCCGAGGGAUUUAAGGGUCAGCGGUGCCAAGAGAAGGAGGUAUACCCGACCUUCAAUCGAAAUUGUCACGGGCCAAUCAGAAAUCUGCGACAUUCCCAGGGCCGCCGCUGCCCCCGCAACCAGCCAACUGCUCUCUGGGAGCUCCUGCAGCAGACACUCGCCCUCAGAGGGCAGCACAAAGGGACGCCCUGGACCAAGGCACAGCUCCUCCUCUGGCCCACCACUCGUCCGGGCGCCGUCACGUGGCCACCAUAAGGCCAAGCGUCCUGCCCUGCCUUUGUCCCAAGAUAUUUCCCGCUCCCCGAUGCUGUCCUCCUUGAGCCCGGCCUCGUUUUAAGGCCCCCAACCAUCACAACCUUUCCUCGCCUUUUCCCAGACAGUUCCUGCCGGGCGUCAUCACAGAUCCCCAGCAGAGACUUUUAGCCCCGGUCCUACCUCCUCACUACCCACCGUUGCCUCCUAGGUGACCUUUCCCUCAUCCAUCACCCUCAGUAAGCUGCUGCUAUCCGGGGCCAGACCUUGACAGUAGGACAACACCUGCCCCGGCCAGACACCGGCUGGAUCGUGUCUGCCGACAACAUACCCGGGCAAGUGUCUCCGCCGCCGGCGUCACCGCCUGUUACGCUGGCGCCCACGCCCAGCACCCUACAGGAGGCCGGCACGCGCCCCAUGCAGGACCUCUCCCCUUCACCCAGGGACCACACGCCUCCAAAGGCUACAAGGAUGGAAACACCCAGCACGACUGCCCGACUCCGACCCUGCACGCACCGCCAUCAGUGACGCAGCUCUUCAUGGUGGGGCGUUGCCAGGUGGCUGCCCUCACCUGCUGUGACUGACUGUGCCUGAGCUUACUCAGGAGUCGUUUGAAUUAACACCUGUAGCAACAGCAUUUGAGCGACAUGACUUGGCCGAGGCCGACCUGUUACUGCUUGCCUGUGGCGUGGACACAGACCGUCCAGAGCUGUCUCGCUUUGUCUGUAAAUCGCUUUCACUGUUUCAGAAAAGCUUUAUGUCAGGUAUCUGAGUGUGUCGUCGCCGUUGAAGCAACACUACCGGACACCGCACGCUCCACACACUUGUACUUACCGAACACUCCCACGGACCCUCUGUUCCUUCGGAGCCUUUGGCGGCAGUGGCAGCGGCGGCGGUAGCAGCGUUCAGCAGUGGGAGAAGCCAUGCGGGAGGGAGGUAGCGAGGCGCCACAGUGUAGUGUAAGCAAGCCAAAGAAACCAGUAGUCAUAGAUGUAAGCAGCCCGCGGUGGGUCCACGGGGCCUCCCUCAGGAGCAGGGCGGCCUCCCCUCCUCCCACGGUGGCCCAAGGGAGUCGUGAGUGGCGCUCAGUGGAGGACGAGCACCGCCCCGCCCCUGUUCACCCCGUCAGCUGACAGGUCGCGCUGCGAGGCUGUGCGCUACCACAAGUGCGGGUCCAUUUGAAGGUGGCAGUCGGGGAUCAAAGAAAUGAAGAAAAAGACAUGUAUACUUGUAUAUAGCCGCAUAUACUAUGUAAUGAUAUUUGUUGAUAGUGAUGUGUUGGAGAAUAUUAAGUGGAGGAUGGAAUGGCUCGAAGAGACAAGGGUCGUGCACCCAGGAACACGCCCUGUUCCCCCUUGCAUUUACGACGGUGGUGGAACAUCGGCAAGUGAAUGUCUGUUAUCUGUGUACAUAGUUGUGUUCCGCCUCUGCGUGUAUAUUUCCUCUUUAGUCACGCGAGUCACCCAUCGACCGGCUCCGGCUCAUCCUUAUUACCUUGUACUGAAAUUUGCAAGCCGUGAAGCAAACACUCGUGGUGCAGCCAGCGAUUUUCGUCCACUCGCCCAGCCAGAGGGCGGCGGUUGUGCCCAAAUAUUGGUGCAGUGUUUCAGCAGCAAAAGAUGUAUGUGUCAGGCUGACUACCCAACCCCUGCCAAGGCCACAACAGCCCGUCCGCCAGAAUCAGUCUCGUAAAAAAACGGGCCUCAAGACUAAACAUUUCUUCCUCCGCCCACAUGCGGAUCUCUCCUGCAUCCUGGACUGGGCACGUACUCCCUGAGCAAGGGCGUGGCUGGCUCAGAUCUGCGAGUUGGGUUUGACGAGAGUUUGCUGACUGACUCCCUGUACAAGGCUACGUCGAGCCAACAGAGGCUGUAUGGCCAGCCUGCCUGGCUGCAGGCUGGUCCGGCACCCUGCAGCAGACUUGCUCUGCUGCCCAUUAAUGCAAAAUGAAUUUAGGCCUAGACUGAAGGACUUCUACAGACUAAUGUCAACCCAGUAACGCAACAUAAGUCUUAAGCAUCCUGACCGAUGGCCUUCGCCUUCAGACUGGCAGUAGUCCACACCUGCAGGCCGUGCAGCACGCCCUAGAGAUACUGGCCGUAACAGUACGAUUAUAAACCCCCUCCCCGCCUUCUUUGUUCUAUGAAAGUCCAAGAAGACACACAGGGUCUGCAGAAGUGAGGCGGCCUGCGCCCAAACGGACCGAAGUUGAGAUGGUCUCUUUGCCGCCCCUCUUUGCCGCGCCCCGUCCCGUCCCGUCCGGCGGCCCCAGCCCCGGCGCCGCCGCCACGCCGAGCAGAGGGUGGCGGGUGGUGGUCCUCUGUGCCGCCCUGUCAUGAUUCCACUUGCCACAAACCAACUACCUCAGUUGAUAGUGUACAGUCGUAAAGAUGCGAGUCCUGCGUCAGGGAGCGGGGGUGCCUCAACACCCUGCACCAGCUGUUUCAUUUGUAUGUUGUGUUGCUUUUGUUUGCAAGGUCACAGAGGCUCUGGUUCUGAUUACUUGUGUGUAGGUACUGCGUGUCAGGCCGUGUUGGGGCCAUGAGCGCGCCAGGAGCACGGGCUCUCGCGAGGCCUCUGUUCACUGAACUUGUAUUUCAUUUCUUUGACGAGGACCACCACCCCGACCCUCGCCCCGCGGCGCCUCGCAGGGCCCGGGCGUCCGAGGGUGUUGCCGAACUGUAUCUAGUGUUGUAACGAUCGUGAACUAGACUUUAAUAGAUGUUUUAUUUAUUUUUGCUGCCCACUGUGUCAUACUUGUGUAGGUGAUGCUGGCUUCGUGUACGCCUAUACAUGCUGACCGUUUUAUGUAACUUGAAAUCUAAAACAAAUUUUAAAAUCCAUUAUGUGUAAUGUAAACUGUAAAUAUAAUUAAUUAUAUUAAUGUAUGUCGUCAUGAAAGAAUCUUGCCGCAGAUGCAUUUAUGUGACUUGUACGAUGUUAGAGAAACCAAAAAAUAAAUCACAUUAGGAAC